AUGAUGCGAAAACAGGGUGACCAACGAGCUGAUGUAAACGCGUCGCUGGACGUCGCGCUUACUGGCAUACGGAAAGACCGGCAACGACGAGAAGGUCAAGCCCGUAAUCGGGGCGUCCAGCACAAAGUCUGGGUCAUUCCCGCCGCCAAUCCGAAUGACGUCCUCGCCACUCGGCUCGAACGCGGCAUGCGCGCCCGUCACUCGCAGCAGCUGCCCGCGGAUCCUCGAUCGCAGCCCCGGCUCUCUGGCGCGUUCGAAAUCGUCCGCAGCCGCCCUUUCCGGAUCAAGAUCCUCCAGGUUGACAAACCCGCCGCGGCAAUAAAAACCUUGCCUAUCAUCGCCUUCGAAAUCGGCGCGAAUGUCGUUUUCGUUGUCCUCGUAGAACUUGUCCAACCCCCACUUGACGUUGAGCACGGCGUUCCUGCGCUUCCAAUAGUCGAGCCAAUAGGUCCCCCAGAAGCACAAGCCGAGUCCCCACAGCAACCUCGUCCAGGCGAGCAAGUCUGGGUGGUUGCCAUCCCUGAGCAGCAGCGAAAUGCCGAAUAUGGGAAUGCUAAACAGGGCACAGCCCAAUAG